UAUAUAAGUUGCCAAAAUAACGAUCUACGACCUUGAACCCGUAUAAAGUCAACGACUCGACCUGAAAAAAAAGUCAAGUUUAGUGUUAAUUAUUGUGAUUAUUGGUUGAAAAUUAUCAAAGUUUUUGGUGAAAAUGAUUGAAAGCGAUAAUAUGGAACGUUUAAAUAAAAUUUCAUCAGUGGUGAGCGAGCGAGACAAAAAAAUUUGGGAAAACAUGGCAUACAGCAUAGCCAUAAGAAAGCAGAUAGAAAAACUUCAAAAUGAGAUUUCGCAUAUAAAAGCAGCUACGGCUGAAAGAAAAAAGAAAAAUGAUAAUUUGGAAAACCAGUUGGAAGAAUUGUCGAAUACUCUAAAAACACAAAAACAAACGUUACAAGCGAGUGAGCAGUCUGUUAUCUUGCAAAAAUAUUUAAAAGAAAGUGUAACACAAGAAGCUAACGAUUUGAGAAAAAAGUAUGCCGAGGCUUUGGAAAUGUAUAAUGACGAACUUAAAGAUUAUCAAGCUAUUUACGAAAAUGCGUCCCAAAGUUAUAAAGAUUUGCGCACUCAACAAAUUCGAUUGAAAAAACUUGAAAUUGAGAAAAUGGAUCUGAAUGUAAAAAUUGCAAAUUUAGAACGCAAAGAAAAAGAGUUUGGCAAAAUUCAGAAACUAAUAUUCCAAAAAGCGGUGGUCAAAUUUGCUAAAAUUUACACCCUUUAUCACAAAAAUGAAAAACUGCGUCUAGAAGUCCAGGCAAAAAAAAAGGUAGAACAGCAAUUGUUAAAGGAACAUCUUCAGUUGUCAGAAGCAGUGAAACAAAAGAAGAGGUCGGAACAGAGUAAAACUAAGUCUCAAAUUAAGAUUGAUAACAAACCAUCAGAAAAUCCAAUAGCGGUUAAGGAAAACAGCGAGUCAACAUGUGACAAUGAAUUAAAAAAAUUCCUUGAAGAAGAAAUCCUUCCUUGCAGCUUGACGUCUAUAAAUUCACCUAAGAAUAUAUUGAAUUUUAGUCAAGACCAUUCAAAAGUCAAAAUUUUGGACGUAAAACUCAUGAGACCUCAAAUUUUCAAACCUGCGGUCAAAAAACCCAACUUAGAUUUACGUAAAAAGAUGCAAGACAUAAUGGAGACGGCAAAAAAAGACGCACUACGAAAUAAUUCUUUCCAAAUUAAUUCAACCAAUUCUCUGAACUCGCAAAAAGUCCAAACUAAAACAAUCUUCACUCCUCCUGGGUCUCAAAGUUCGCAAACUGGAUCCCAACAAAACCAAAAACAAGCGAAUCCGUCGUUACAAAAACGUCCAGAAAUUCAAAGCAAUUCCCAAAUUGCUGCACCAACUCCCAAAGUGGAGAUGAGUCAGAGCAAAAUUAUAGUCGAGAAACAUUUAACUCCUAAAGAAAGUGUCACCGGUUCGAUCUUAAAACCCCCAAGUCAGACAUUUUCCGAGAAAAAUGAAACUAAUGUUCAAAAUGUUUCGAAAUUUUUUUCUUCAAAGAAAAAGACGGUCACUUUCCAAACAGAAUCACCAAAAGAAAUAAGCAAUUUCCAGUUGUUUGGUGAUGAGAGUAAGAAAGCCGAGACUGCAAAAGUCGAAAUGAAUGUUUUCCGAAAUUCUUUCCUUUUCAAAAAUGAUACUUUUCUGAAACCUGAAGAACUAACUGGGGCUCGAAAUUCCGGGAGCGACAAUGCUGUAAGUGAUCUGACAAACAAUGCAAGUUUUACGAUGGAAACGGGGCCUACUUUUAGUACCACUGGCGGCGAAAAUGCUGACAAAAAUCCAGAUGAAUUUAGUUUUGAUUUGUUAAAUGUUUCGACUCAUCGUGGUGGGUUUGGACCCUCUGGUUUAAAUACGGAACUUGCCACUGAAAUCACCCCUUUUAGUUUUAUCGGCUCACAAACAAAAUCUAACAAUCCAUUCAGUUUUUUCUAAUUAGUUAACAUUUUCUUUAUAUUUCACACAAUUAGUGGUUAUUCUUAGAUAUCUAUAGUUUAAGAUUCACAAAAAAAUCUUGUUCCACUUUUAUUAUAACACACUUUCUUGUUGUCUCAUUAGUUUACAGUUAUUCAUGUGGUAAACAUGUGUACAAAAAUCUUCGUGUUUUUUUCAAUCCUGAUUUUGGUAUCAGCUUACCGUGUGACACAACCCCGACCUAGUGUAAUAAUGUCAGCAAUUAGAUUCUUCUGGGGUCCUAACAACGGCACUGUUAGUAAAUUCCCUCCGAUUAUAGAAUACUUCGUGCAGCGAAUACAAAGCCAGAAUUCUAAUUAUAUCCACGAAGAUCUGAGUCGGCCACCUACUUGGGAGAAACCAAUCUAUACUUUAUCACCCUCAGAGCAAUUAACUGCAUAUCAGCCUCUGGUUACAGAAAGUGUGACCAAAGACAUACAUCACGAGGAUGCGACGACGCAAGAAUACGAGUACGAAGAGUUGCCAGACACGACGGAAAAGUUUUUUGAAAUCAUUACCGGAAACAAGAAGGUACGUUCCGGCAAGAGAUCCGAGACAAGUGGGUAUUAUCGGAAGUUGGAUCCAGUCGUCCGAAUGGUUUCCCAUUGAAAUUAAUAUCCCCGAUACGAUUUCGGGUGUUGGGCAAAAUGUUGCUAACGUUGGUCAAGGAAUCUCCUCCGGAUUUAUGAAUUUCACAAAUGGUUUCGGAAAUUGGAUACAACAGAUACCGUUCUUUAAUAGGAUUACGUCACAAUUUGCUCCUAGACCGUUCAAAUAUUACGUCCUAAUGCCAGUUAAAAACGUGGGUGCUAUGGCUCCAUACAAUCCGUUUCAAAAUGCUGUUAGUAAUUUUAUUCCAAUGUAUCCGUAAAAAAACACAUGUGGUGUCAAACACAUUUAUUUAUUUUCUUAAAAAUUCAUAAAUAAAUUAUAAAAAAUUAAAA